GUUUAUUGCAAUCUUCUGUGCAAUAAAAAUUAUUUAAUUUCUAAAUGUAAGUUUGUAAAUAAAGAAUAUAAUAAUAAUUAAUUUAUAACUUUCGAUAUAAAAUUAUAAUAUAUAUUAAAAUACACAAUAAAAAACAAUAACUCUUAUAUAUAGAAUUAUAUUUUCAUAAUUAUAGAAAUAUUUCUAUAAAGAUUUUUUCUAAAAUAUUUCAUCUUUUAUAAUUUUAGAAAAUUACAUAUAAAAAGAAAAAUGUAUCAGAAAAAAAUAAUUAAUAAAAUACCAGGUAAUUUACUAUCUCCUUUUAAAAAAGAAAAUCAAGGAUAUAUUGAAGAUUUAGGAAAGAAACAGAAAUUUGAAUUGGAAGAAUUAUUAGAAAGGCAAAAUAAAAUUCUUGAUAAUAAAACACUUAUAUUAAAGCUUCCAGAUAAAGGAGAAAAAAUAAAAUCUUUUCGUUAUCAAAUAUUAAAAGAAAUAGAACAUAGAAAUGAAGUUGAAAAGGCAGCUAAUCUUUUAUCAAGAUUAAAUUUGGCAUCUGAAGGUAAAGUUGCUAUGAAUGAAUUAGAAUGGACAGGCAAAUAUGAAGAAAUCAAAGAUACUACUAAAAUUAUUGAACUUGAUAGUGAUGAUGAAGAAGAUCCCUUAAAAAUAUUAGCACAGCCUACAGGAUGUGGGGUUCAUAAAAAAAAAAUUAUACAUAUAUCAUCAAAUGAAAGCUUAAUUAAACCAGAAGAUUUAGCAGAAAUAGAAUCUUUUAAAAUAGAAGCUACUGAACACAUUACAUAUAUUGUCAAUAAAAUAGAAAAAAAAAUAGAAAAUGAAAAUAAAAAAAAAGAAUUAUUUAAACCAUAUAAAACAACUAAAUCUAAUGUACAUGAUCCAAAAAGAGAAAAGCAAAGAAAACAGAAUAAAUAUUGGGAAGUUACAGCAGCAACACCUCCACUUAUAAUUCAUGAUGCAGCAAAAAUUAUAAAUUUAAAUGAAUCUUUAAAGCUACAAAAAGAACAAACAGAAAGAUUACAAGAAAUUCAAGCUAAACAUGCAGCAGAAAGAUUAGUUGAACAACUUGGUUUGCACAAUACUUCACCUGAAAAUAUACAUACUUAUCUAAGAGAUGAGAAAGAAUCUGAUUCUUUUUCUUCAGAAGAUGAAGAAGAAAAUGAAGUACAUGAUGAAGAAGAUAAUGAUAAAAGAGGAACUGUUGUUUUUACAGUAGAUAGUAUAGAAAGUUAAUUUAUAUUGUAUGUAUAAUUAUAUAUAAAUAUUUUAUAAAUAUAUUUAUAAAUAAAUUGUUAAUUUUAAGAAAA